UUUAAAGAAGAAGAAGAAGAGAAUAGAGAGAGGAAUGGAAGUAGACAGAGAAUAUAGAGAGCUAGAAUUACGUAUGGGGGGGAACCGAAGAAGGGAAAGAGAGAAAAAAGCGCGCCUGGCGUAAACGGAAGCCGGGAAAGAGUUUCGAAAAUAGCGAAGUGGUGCGGAGGCAGGGAAUCGGCGAGGGACUGUGGAGGCGAGGGUAACAAGGGAUAGUGGGCCACCACGUGGGAAACUAUUUCGGUGUGGUCCUCGCCGCCUGGAAUGUGGAGCGUCGUUUGCUUUUAUUUUACAGAUCCUUUUUCCUCAGCAUGUCGAGUUUUAUGAAUUAAUAUUUAAAUUGUCAUGUAAAUGGCAGGCUUUCUCACUACAUUUCUCCCGCACUGCUCAUCUUAUCUCGGCCAGGCCACUUAUCUAGCACGUUUUAGACGGGGUUUCUUAUGAAUGUAGCCCUUAUCAAGUUAUUGAAUUGUGGUUAUGCUUCGAAGAUAACCGACACAAUUUUAACGACAUGCUACUAAUCUAUGAUGCUGUGGAGCUGUCAGAUAAGUUAUCAGUUUAAAAACGGUCCCCUAGAAAGUGGCUCGAGCCCUCUUGUCCCAGUGGCCCGACAGGCGGAGAUCUGUCAGUGGCAGAGAGGCAGGUGUAAACGUUAGUGCCAUGACAUUCGCCUUCACUUGGUAGCAUGUUUAAAAAAAAAAAAAAAAAAAAAAAAAAAAACAAGAACCUAAGAGUAGGUGAAGUUGGUGGUUCGGCGCGCGGUUUGCUGUUUGCCAUGGCUCGUGUCCCAGGCCUCUCUCUUCCACAUGCAACCUCGGAGCUUUUUUUAAAGUCCUCACAGGCGCCCUGCUCGUUUCCUUUGCAAAUGUACGUGCUGUUGAUGGCUUCUUUUUUCUUUGCCGUUGAUGCCUUUCACUAAUCUAAUGGUAUUGGUACCUCUAAACAGCUCUUGGAUAAGACGCGGGCUUUACAAAAGAGCAGCGCCAAGAUAAAGGAAGUGUCACCUCCUGGGCCGUCCUGGGAGGCCAGACGGAGCAUAAUGGGAGUUGGGGCAGACAGCAUCCCUCUACUUCCCGAUCCCGGCUUCAUCCUGCGGUCAUGACUGGGAUUAGACUCUCACGUGGUGGUUCAUAGUACCUGCACAAUUUACAAUUAUUCAUUUUCUAGCUCAUGCAUGCUACGAAAACCAUGUGCUUAUAUCUCAUAUCAGCCGUGGCUGUAGCUUGACAUGAAAGUGAAAUAAAGUAAGCGAGAAGUCUAAAUAAGAGUAAAUGUUUUUCACACAUUCUCCCUCCGAUUUGAGAGUGCGUACCCGCGCGCUCCGCUCCUUCCCCCGUCCCCUCCCCCUUCCCCCGCGCGGGUCUCAAGGUCUGCUCUGAACCAGGACGGGCUCCACCGUCAGUCACGUGGUGGGUGCUCUCCCAGGCGAACGUGCAGGACCGUGUGCCACCAAAUUUCUUUCAAACUGUCAUUUUGCAGCUUCUCACCGCGUACUUUGCAGCCAGUUGUUGUCGGUCUCUUCCUGGCCAACGAGGGAUCCUGUCUAGAGCGAGUGACAUUUAGUGAAGUGAACGUGAAAGUGUUAUUUUGAACUGAGGGGUCGUGUUUGGCGCGCGUUGUGUCCCCACGUGGUAAACUUCAGUGUGUCAGUAUCUUGCUCCAGCUGUGCCCUUUUCACUUCAUAGAAGGCGAAAUCAGGCCACUCCACGAUUAUUUCUCGAUAUUCGAGAAGAGAAUAAGAGAAGGCAGCAAGCUUUCAUCAGACAGCACCAUGCGCGUCGCCAAGUGACAGCAGGAGUUGACAGUUGAAAGCUCGUGGAAGCCUCUCGCCUGCCCGCACGCCCGAGACCGCGCUGGGAACUUCUCAGAAAGGGCCUUUGCGCUGAAGUAAGACGGCCUCGACCUCAGACAGAGCGGAUAUUCAAACCAUCAUGCAUUACUUCUCAGACAAUUCCCAGGAUGGAGAACUUUAUAUAACAGGUCGCGAGAGGUCCUCCUCGUCCAGCACAGACGACCCUUCCUCGGGCGGAGACGACUCCUACCUGAGGGCGGCCGCAGCGGCAGCGAGGAAGCGCCGCGGAAACCUACCCAAAGAGUCGGUCAAAAUUUUGAAAAAAUGGCUCUACGACCAUCGCUACAACGCUUACCCAUCCGACGAGGAGAAGCUCCAGCUGUCCCGCGCCGCUAACCUAUCGGUCCUUCAGGUGUGCAACUGGUUCAUCAACGCCCGGCGGAGGAUCCUUCCCGAGAUCAUUCGCCGCGAGGGCCAUGAUCCCGAGAAGUACACCAUCACCCGACGGGCCAAGAAGCUGAAGGGCGUGUCCCCCCGAGACCGCAUCGACCCCGAGGAAUACUCCCGCCCCGCCCAGAACGACUACGCCCGCGCGCGUCCGAGAUGGGAGUCCGCCGAUCUCCCCGACCACGACUACGACUUCUCCAUGGAAUCCCGGGUGGCGUCGUGGGUGGCAGAGCAGCAGAGAGUGUCAGCCAAGCCCCAUUACGAGGCCGUGUGCCCCUGCGGCUGUGGCUCCGACGCUGAUCACACUCCAGCCUAUAGCGCUAAUACCACUACGCCCACAGCACCAACGCCAACCACCCCCACUUCAGCUCCCAACUUUGCUUCAGAAGUCACGGCACCAGCAACCACCACCACAACAAAUUCCCCGAUAUACACCGAUACAACACACUCCCCCGCAUACACACCCCACGACUCCCCCCUCUACCCCCCGUCCACACCGGAGCACUACGUCCCCCAGACAGAAUAUGCUCACCACCCCUACACCACGCCUGCUCAGGUCACCCCGCCACCCACGCCCCCAGAGGACGAUGCCGACAAGUUCAAGUGUCUGUACAUGCUGGUGGACGCUGCCCUCAGUCAGUGGGAGAAGCAGAACGCCUCCCCGCCUCCUCAAGACGCCCUCGAUACCACACGGACCUACCUCAGCCUUUAACGCGGCCGCAACAACCAAUGUAACGAGACUAUGCCAUCUGAUUUUUGUAUAGAGUGGAUUGUUGGGCAAGUGCAGUUUCUUGGUUCACUAGAGUACAGAACGAUGGGAUUCGUGAGUGAAAAGUCCCUUGGCGUAUCGCUUCCUCCCAACCUGUAUAUAUCUUGCACCUACGGACCAAGUUUAUAUACAGAACAGUCUUUUGUUCUUUUAUCUUUACCUGUGAAGUAUAGGAAUUGCUCACAGUUUAGUGAAUAAUUAUUGGUUCACUUGAUGUCAUGUUGGUUUUUGGUUGUGACUUUAUAAAUUUUAGUUACAAAAGACACCAUUUUUAAUUUGACUGUGUUGAUUGUUAACGCACGACUGUCAGGUAUUUCGGGAUUAGUACAACGAUUCUGAGCCUUGAGGGACACUCUCAAGUUAGGCUCUUGGUCGGACGUCGGAGGAUGAACUCUAACCCUUGGCAGUGAUUUGGUAGUUCGAACAUACUAACCAAAUAAUGAGGUAGCUGUUGAUUUAUGUCCUCUAUAGUACAAUGGAUUACCUUGCAAUGAUACAGAGUUUUUAGUUUUUCUGACCCGUUAUUUUUAGGUGACCCUUGUAUUAUCACGACUUAUCAAGAUUAGUGUAGUUUAUAGAACAUUCCAAAAUUGUUGUUGGUCUACCCUCACCUCAGAGCAGCGGCCGAGGGCGGGUAUCGCAGCUGUGGAAGCCGUCCUUGCUGACCUGAUGCCCGCCCACCACCCUGCCUCUGCUCUUGUCUCUGCCUUAAAGACAUAUCGCUCAAAGCCCUAAGAAAACGUGUAUACAUGUGCCUUAGUCAUGUCCAUUGCAGAGUCGACUGUUCUCGUAACUGCAAAAGUCUCAUUAAGUUCAAUUACAAGAAAUUACUCUGCUAUUAUUGCCGUAGUAGGAAUCUGUAAAUGUUAUACCUUGCUAACCUUUCAUUUCUUUAAUAUGUAUUAUUUGUUUGUUUCAGUAAAUGUGAUGUGCAUAUCUAUCAUUACUCGUUAGUAAAUUUAAAACUGAUAUUCGCUCUUUAUUUUUUUUAGUAGUCAUGACACGUUAUUUUAACCACAUCGCACAUACCUGGUUGUAGUCGAAUGUAGAUAAUUGUAUAAAUGUUCUUUCAGAAAAAAAAGUUGUUAAGAGAUAUAAGUUGAAUAAUGCUGUUUACAGUAUUCACAGACUAUAUACUCAGUUGCUGCAUUUGUUUACAUGUGUAUUAUGCAGUUUUUCAUUUUAUUUUGUACUGAAGCGGUUGCUUUAGAUUCUGAUAUAUUAUAUUUUGGAAGAGUAUAAAAUUUUAUGUAAUGUUAGUUCAUUGGAAUUUAGUGUCCAUGAAGUACUAUCGCUCUAUGAAGCGAGUAGCUAUAUUUGUGUAUAUAUGAAAAAAUUGUGCAUUGUUUAUGCAUGUCAUAGUGUGGGUGACAUUGUUCCUCAACCGGGACCUUCGACUUUUGGUCAAAGCGGCGCAGAAGUAGUAUAGGAUGUAGCUGUUACUCAGAGGAGCCUUCAUAGAGCUCUGCUCUCCCCCAGGAACAUAUUGGUGCUAUUUUUUAUUCUCCCAUAAGUAAUGGGCAGGCGAGCCAGGUCCAGUGUGAGGGUCGCGCUCCGUCCGCUGCGACGCACGCGCUGAGUGUGUAGCUGAUUUUUUAAAAUGUUUUGAUAGGAAUGGACGUGAUCGCACACAGCCUGACGAAGGUUGGGUCGGUCCCCGGGGAGCUUUGUGACUGGUAGUCGAGUGGGUCGUGUGAGUGUGAUAUUAUCACUUGGGUUUAUUCUUAGUUAGGUCAACGCCCACCUACGCCGGCAGGGGAGGUUCACGGACCUACUUAAUGGGUCUCACAAAUACACUAGUGUAUGGGGAAGUACAAGUCAUUUCCCAGUCUGUUUCAGUACGUAUAUUGCAGUGUAUAUAUAUUACAAUGUUAUAUCCCCUAAAUGUAUUAUAAGAUUUUGAAAAUAUUUUUACAGAACUGCACUAAGCACUUAAGUCAGUAACCAAGAAGGUGAAGUAUAUUGUUUCAACGUAAUUGUUUGUAUAAAGAUGAAUACAAAGUAUUUGUGCCAUUGGUAUUUACAUGCCAUGAUAUGCCAACUGCCAUCGUGAGUACUCCAUGCAAGUAGUGAUAACUAUAAUGUUGUUAGUAGUUCAUUGAAUAUAAGAAGUGUGUUCCGAGUGUGACCAUCGUGACCACGGUGCCUUCCUCUCACGUCCUGCCAACUCGUUUCUUUCACCCAUUCUGCUUUUUCAAUUUAUUUGUUACUUUAAUAUGUAUGUUUGAAAAUGUAGUAUAUUUUAAAUCUGUUAAUCAUUAUAGUGUACAUAAAAUUAAUAUUUCUGUUGAGAAUGUGCGAUCGAAGGUUGUACUGGUCGGAGCGUGGGAGGAAGCAACUUGGUCACGGACUUGAGUAGCGCCAGGAACGUAGUCCAUUACUAGCGCGUGUACUGUACAUUAUGCAGAAUAAUUAUAUUAGAAAAUAAAAAAAAUAUCUUACUA